AUUCCUAUAUUGCCAGCCAGGGCCUUCUUCUCCACACCAUUGAAGACUUCUGGAGAAUGAUCUGGGAAUGGAAAUCCUGUUCUAUCGUUAUGCUAACGGAACUGGAAGAGAGAGGCCAGGAGAAGUGUGCUCAGUACUGGCCUUCUGAUGGCCUGGUGUCCUAUGGAGACAUCACAGUGGAGCUGAAGAAGGAAGAGGAAUGUGAGAGCUACACUGUCAGAGACCUCCUGGUCACCAACACCAGGGAGAACAAGAGCCGGCAGAUUCGACAGUUCCACUUCCAUGGCUGGCCUGAAGUGGGCAUCCCCAGUGACGGAAAGGGCAUGAUUAGCAUCAUUGCGGCGGUGCAGAAGCAGCAACAGCAGUCAGGAAACCACCCCAUCACUGUGCACUGCAGCGCCGGAGCAGGACGGACGGGGACCUUCUGUGCUCUGAGCAGUGUCCUGGAACGGGUUAAAGCAGAGGGGAUUUUGGAUGUCUUCCAAACAGUCAAGAGCCUACGGCUGCAGAGGCCACACAUGGUCCAGACUGAACAGUACGAAUUCUGCUACAAAAUGGUGCAGGAGUAUAUUGACACAUUCUCAGAUUAUGCCAACUUCAAGUAAGAGGCGAUGAGGCCCCAUGGACAGAAUUGCCUUUAAUAUUUUGUAAUAUUCUGUUUUGUUAAUAUACUCAAAUUGUGUAUAUAUCUUAUAACUGUUUUAGAAAUUGGUACAUAGGCCUCUAUUACCUAUUAGGUGGAGAUUUUUUAUGUAAAUGUGUUAGCACUGAUAGUCCUUUUUCCAAUGUUUUAUUGGGGAAUUAAAUAGUGUGAUGUUUGGAUUGAUAUCGUGCACUCCUCGGCCUGGAAAUGGGGCUGUUUCUUUUCCUGAAGAAGAAACAAAGCCUAUUCCAGGAAGCUCAUCUUCAACGAAGUGAAAAAAGCACAAAGUUCUCAGAGCUCUUGAGGAAUUUGGUUGUCCCCUUGGCCCCACCUCCCUCAAAUCAUGUUCCUUAUUUGCUCUGUAAAUAACCCAUCACCCUCACGCCUCCACCACCCACACGGGGAUUAAAAGGACCAGAGCGGUAUCUCUGGCACCACACUAGGGAUUAUCAGGAAAUAAAAGCUUUGACUCCCUGAGGAAAAAAAAAA